AUGCGAACCCAGGCGACCGGCGGCACUUCCCGGGCCCUCACGCCCGCGCCGCUAAGCCAGCGCUCGGCGGCCGGCGAGCCAGGCCACACACCUGCCAGGCCGGGGAAGGGCCAGUCCUGGGCAGAGGUGUUGUCCGACGCGGCGGCGCAGCGCCCCGCUCAUUGGCCGAGUAUCAGGCCCUCCCCCUCCCCGGCGGCGUCCAGACGAAACCCGGAGGGGAUCCUCCCGAGGCCCUUCACCGCGAGGAGCCAGUCCUGCGGCUGUCCCAACUCCUCGGGGCUGGUGACUGAGGCCCGGGGCCUGGGGAGGAGGCCACGGGCAGAAGAGGAGGCCGCAGCUGGGGCCGGUGGCCUGAGGGGUGCGGGCCGGAGGCCUGAGGAGCGCGGGGCCUUCCCUAGCAUGACUCCGCUGACAGGCCGCCAUUAUCGGGCAGCUCGCGCCUCAGCUCGGCGGCCUCCACGCGAGCCGGGACGCCGAGCGCCAUCCCUAUUGGGCGCGCGCCCCGCGUUCCGCCAGCCUCCUCCCUCUCCCGUGCCUCGCCGGAGCCGGGAGUCGCCGAAGGUGUGCGCGCUCCGGAACGCACCACUAGUGCCCCUCUCCGCAGGGGUGGCCGGGCCCGGGAACUGGGAGGCCGCUGCCCGCCGGAGCUCGGUCACCGUCCAGCCGCAGCGGGCGCGCACGGCCCGCGGCCCCGGGGAUGGCCUGCGGCAGCAGGUCCGGGCCUGGGGGUGCGCGCGCCUGGCGUGGCCUCCCCGGUCCCUCCCCGCCCCCCUUCCCACCUACCGAGCUGCGGGCAGGUGUGAGGGGGUCGCUGGGGCGGAACGCCUGGUGCAUCUUCUUCGGUUCCGGCCUGGGGUGCCUGCGGGACGCGGAGCUCUUCGGCUGGUCCGCGGGGAGGCGCGGCCCGAGCUGGGAGGCCUGGCGUCCGCCCCGCCGGGAGGGAGGCUGCACCUUUUGUCAGAGUCACUGAGCCAUGUUUGCGGACGGUGCAGUUGCCCAGGCGGCGGCGGCGCGGGACUGGGUGCGAUCAUCUGGGAGGACGCCGUCCCCUGCCCCGCCGGCGCGGUGGUAUCUCCCUUAAAGAAGCCGGCACCUCAUUGUUCCCCGGCCGCGGCCGCCGGGAGUCGGGGGCACCCUGCCCAGCGCGGGGAGGAAGGGGCGGCGGCGCCCGCACCUGGCCGCUGCCGCCCGCGCAGGCCCUGCCCGGCGGCGGCCCCCGGGGGAGUCGGGAUCCAGCCUGCGCCCGGCGACGGCCGGCGGUACAAGGCGGCCGGGGCCGGGAUGGACCGCGAAGACAGCCGUUUUCUCUCGGCCCGAAUGACAGCGGUCUGUCAGAUCCCGGCAGGCAGUCGCCUGACAGCCAGCCCGGGACUGUCAAUGACUCAGAGACUCGGUCCAACCCGUUAUUCAGUUAGUUACACAGAUCAGUAAGCAUCCGCCAGAAACGUCCGUCCCUUCUUCACCAAUUUAUUCUGCUCCUACUGUUUGUCAAUAAAGUGGUGGUCCUUCCUCCCAGUGCUGCAUUAGGCACGAUGUGCAAAGAAUCCCUGUCAGUGCUCUCAAGGAUCAACCACUUACUCAUUUUAUUUGCCGUCCUCUAUUUAUGGACCUUCUGAGAGUCUGGGACUGGGUUAGGUCUUUAAAUUAGCUUUUCUAAUCCUGACCAAAUCCCACAGGGUAGGCUUUAUUGCUGACUUUGUUUUCACAGGUGAAGAAACAGACUUCUGCCUUAUUUGACCUAAAGUUGUGUAGUUUGGGGUGUGUGUGUGUGUGUGUGUGUGUGUGUGUGUACCUGCCUUGAAUACCCACUCUCCUGGUAUGACUCCCCCGCCAAAAACCCAACAACACCCUGCUUUGUAAUUUGCUCAGACUUUUGUUCUGAGUGCCAUCUACCAGUCUUCAGCUCUCUGUUGGGGAUACUGACGCCAUCCAAGGCUUAGUUUCUGCCCUUGAAAUUAGAGGGAAACUAUAGGAGGCCUUAAUACCCGUGUGGGUGAUUGAUCAGAAUCGGGCGAGGGGUAUCUCUUUUGGUCAGAAGAGCCUUUUCUUUUUGUUUGUCUCAGUCAUUAAAUAUAGGAAUCCCUCCUCAAGCUGACUGCAGAACUGAGACUUGAAAUCCAGCUCUGUAAUCCCCAAAGAUAGGCUGACUAAAGAUUGUGAGGUGGGUGUUUUCUUUAGGAAAAAGAUUACAGAAUGGCCCCAUAAACAUGUUGCUGACACCUUAGAAGGUGUCUCUGUAAGGGAGGGCCUCAAGCUUAAGCUUCAUUAGCUCCAGGGUAAAUCGGCCCCUGCUUAUUAUAUUUACAUCAUUGUUUGUUUGCCCGUAGGACU